AUGGCCAAGAACCAGGAACUUUUCCCAGAACUCCCCCAGAACGCCUAUGCUGCCACCGACAAGAUCGCUGUCGUCACCGGCGGCUCCAGAGGCCUCGGACUGUACUGUGCCUACGGUCUGCUCCAUGGAGGAGCCAAGCGAGUCUAUAUCUCUUCUCGAAAGGGCGAUGCCUGUGACGAGGCGUGCCAGCGAUUGAACAGCCAGGGAUUCAAGGGCAAGGCAAUUGCUCUGCCUGCUGACGUCAGCAAGCACGACGGAGUGGUCCGACUGCUGGAGGGUUUCACCGAGCAGGAGCUCAAGCACGGAGCCGGCAAGGUAGUCUGUGACAUUCUCAUUGCCAACGCUGGUGCGACCUGGGGAGCUCCCAUUGAGAACCACCCCGAGUCCGCCAUGUCGAAGGUACUGGAGCUCAACGUCAAGGGUGUCUUCUCCACCAUCCAGCUCUUCACUCCUCUUCUGGAGGCUGGCGGAUCGCACGCCGACCCUUCCCGAAUCAUCAUCAUGGGCUCCGUUGCCGGUAUCGGUAUCGGAAACACCACCAAGGGCGGUGUCUACGGCUACCUGGCCUCCAAGGCCGCCGUCCACCAUCUUGGAAAGGCUCUCGCUGUUGAGCUUGGUCCCCGAAACAUCACUGUCAACAUGAUUGCUCCCGGCUUCAUCCCCACCAAGAUGGCACAAGGGGUUAUUGAUGCUGCUGGCGACUUCUUCGUCGAGUCCAAUCCCCGAAAGCGACUCGGUACCUCUGAGGAUAUCAUUGGUGUGCUCAUGUUCCUUGUGGGUAAGGCUGGUAACUACGUUAACGGUGCCGUUAUCCCUCUGGACGGUGCUGCCCAUCUGGGUGCUGCUCUGUAG